UGGCUUGUCGUCGGUGCCAAUUGGUGCGAUUUGCAUGGCAUCUUGACCAGCAUUGACGGAGAAAAGAGCCGUAUGAUCAGUACUGGCAAAGUUUGGGUAGAGCUCCCUGACGCAACGUGCAUUCAGCCGGUAGACUUUGUCGCAGUGGUCAGGCUACUAACCCACUCAUUGAUCAAAUCCAAGCACGGUUCCAUUCCGUGUCCCAAACCAACACUUGGCGCAAAGUCUCUUCCAGAAGAAGAUCUUGCCGCCCCUCUGACACUCAAGCACAUCAUUUGCGGCAUUCAGAGCAUUUUGUGAAGUGGUGACACUAUGCUCUGCGAUGCAGGAGAGGCUUGGUUUCUCGCUUAUCAUAUAAUGCUGCCUCCGGGAGGAGACUGCCAAAUACAAAUGCCCUAUUGCUCGAUUGGCUGGGCACUACCUGCCGGACUUGGAGCUCAGCUUGCCCGCUCGCAGGGGCGCUCAGUCAUACUCAUCGGUGAUGGCGGGUUUCAAAUGACGGCUCAGGAGGUUAGCACCAUUGCUCGUCAUAAUUUGAACCCGAUCAUCAUUGUUUUUCAUAACCUUGGCUAUAAGAUUGAGACGGCCAUUCACGAUGGGCCUUAUAACUGCAUCGCCAACUGGAACCACUCGCAGCUGGCUGCUUCUCUGUCCGCGAUCCCCUAUGCACAGUCUCAUAACCCCUAUGCGACCCCCAAGCAGGCAUAUAAUGAAAGUCAUCCAUUAAUGUUUACCAUGCAGGUCAAGACUCAGGGAGAUUUGAAGACAGCUCUGCAGCGAGCAUAUGACGAGCAUGAUAAGCUGGCAUUUUUAGAGCUUUGUAUCCUACCAGAUGAUAUGAGCGAGAAGGUACGACAGCUUGGUAAAGCGUUCGCGCAGAAGAACGCCGAAGCGCCCUUUGAAUCAUCUUCAAGCUCUGAUGAGCGGAAGCACAGCGCAACUACAAGCAGUUCGAGCACUUCGAGGCUCGACAGUCCAGGAGAGACGUCAGACCAAAGCUCUGCGCGCAGUACGAUCACUUCGCCAGGGAGCAAAGAUGAGUCUGUACAAGUGUAACGGGGUGAGACAGAGCUUACCGGCGAAGUUAUUGCUUCUCGGCGGAUGUCAGAUACCUCCUAUGGUAAGAAGCAGAGUGACUGGACUCAGGUGGUGAAGGCAUAGUGGAAUGUCAUUAAGCCUUGCGCUCCGUUGAUUGGUUAUUCAGUAAUUGCGCUUCUCCCUAGCGACAGUUUUUCAUGCUUAUGUUUAAUCUGGGAUUAGUUGACUUUCUUGCUACU